AGAGUUCCCUGCGGAGCUUACCGGAGCCGGGGGCGUGAAAGAUGGCGGCCGACAGGACUGUACAGCGGUUUAGAUUAUAGAACGGACUGUGGGGUUUCCCCGGGGGUCGGUGGUUUACCGACUUUAGGUUCUUAUCUAACCGUUACCGGAUACUCACGUGACUGCUGCUAGGCACCUCUUGUCCAGUCAUUGACCUACCGGAGUCCCUGGGACUUUACCUAGUAGAAUGGAGGAUCUCCCGGUCGCCGGAGGGAUGGCCGCCUCUCCCAGGCCGCAGGCUGGAGGUUCUGUGCAGGCCCAGCCACAGGGAGUCCCCUCGGACACGGGGUGCGAGCUCUCUGCCCGACCCCCACAGUACACAAUCCCCGGUAUCCUGCACUACAUCCAGCACGAGUGGGCUCGCUUCGAGAUGGAGAGAGCGCACUGGGAGGUUGAGCGGGCCGAGCUGCAGGCACGGAUAGCUUUUUUACAAGGCGAAAGAAAAGGUCAAGAAAAUUUGAAGAAGGAUUUAGUAAGAAGAAUAAAAAUGUUAGAGUAUGCUUUAAAGCAAGAGAGGGCAAAGUAUCAUAAAUUAAAAUAUGGAACAGAACUAGGCCAAGGAGACGUGAAGAUGCCAGCAUACGAAUCUGAAGAAACCAAAGAAUCCGAGAUUCCCCCAGGGCCUCAAAAUAGUCAACUGACCUGGAAACAAGGACGUCAGCUGUUAAGACAGUACCUUCAGGAGGUAGGGUAUACAGAUACGAUAUUGGAUGUUAGGUCACAAAGGGUUCGCUCCCUGCUCGGGCUGUCGGGCUCAGAACCAAACGGCUCGGUGGAAACGAAGAACAUUGAACAGAUACUCAAUGGAGGGGAUUCUCAUUCACUUAAACAAAAGGGACAGGAAAACAAAAGGAACUCCGGUGAUGUCCUGGAAACAUUUAAUUUCUUAGAAAGUGCUGAUGACAGUGAUGACGAUGACGAGGGUGACCUUAUAGAGGAUGUCACAGAUGGCAAAGACCAACAACGCAUAAACAAAAAGCAUAAAAUUGGCAAUGAAGGUUUAGCUGCUGAACUGGCGGAUGACACAGAAGAAGCGUUAAAGGAGUUUGACUUUCUGGUGACUGCGGAAGAUGGGGAGGGUGCUGGAGAAGCCAGGAGCUCUGGAGAUGGAACGGAAUGGGACAAGGAUGUCCUGUCCCCAUCUGCAGAGGUUUGGGAUGUAGACCAGGGUCUGAUUAAUAAACUCAAGGAGCAGUACGCGAAGGAGCGCAAGGGAACAAAAGGGGCCAAGAGGGUAAACAGGACAAAACUCCAUGACAUGAUUGCGGACCUGGGGGAUGAGGAGCUUGCUCACAUCCCACCCGGUAUUCUAAACCCAUCACGGACGCCCUCCAGAAUAACAGAUCAUGAAGGUGGAAGAGCUGAAGAAGCUGAGCCCAUCACAUUUCCAUCUGGAGGAGGGAAAUCAUUCAUCAUGGGCUCAGAAGAUGUUCUGGAGACUGUCUUGGGACUUGGUGACCUGGCAGACCUUACUGUAACUAAUGAUGCAGACUACAGUUAUGAUAUGCCGUCCAAUAAGGAUGCCUUCAGGAAGACAUGGAACCCUAAGUAUACCCUGCGCAGCCACUUUGAUGGCGUGCGGGCGCUGGCAUUUCAUCCAGUGGAGCCUGUUCUGGUUACAGCGUCCGAGGACCAUACCCUGAAAUUAUGGAAUCUGCAGAAAACUGUACCUGCCAAAAAGAGUGCCUCCCUAGACGUGGAACCUAUCUACACAUUCAGAGCCCAUGUGGGACCUGCCCUGUGUUUGGUGGUGAGCAGUAAUGGAGAGUACUGUUACAGUGGAGGGGUAGAUGCAACAAUACAGUGCUGGAAAAUGCCGAGCCCCAAUGUGGAUCCAUAUGAUACUUACGAUCCAAGUGUUCUGGCUGGCACGUUGGUUGGACACACGGACGCUGUGUGGGGUCUCUCUUACAGCGGUGUUAAAGAUAGAUUGCUGUCCUGUUCGGGGGAUGGCACUGUGCGGUUGUGGAACCCACCACAAAGUGUUGCUUGCGUUGGCACAUACAAUGGAAAUAAAGAACACGGCAUUCCCACGUCGGUGGAUUUUAUCGGCUGUGAUCCAGCCCACGGAGUGGCCUCUUUCACCAGCGGUUGCAUUGUUCUGUAUGACUUAGAAACGACACAGCCGCUGCUGCAGCUGUCUGUGCCCUCCGACUGCGGCCCCCUGUUUUCUAGCCACAUAAAUAAGGUUGUGAGCCAUCCUACUCUUCCAGUAACCAUCGCUGCGUAUGAGGACCGGCACAUAAAGUUUUUCGACAACAAGUCAGGGAGGACGAUUCAUUCAAUGGUGGCUCAUCUGGAUGCGGUGACGAGCCUUGCAGUGGAUCCCAACGGAAUCUACCUGAUGUCUGGCAGCCACGACUGCUCCAUCCGGCUGUGGAACCUGGACAGCAAGACCUGCGUUCAGGAAAUCACCGCUCACCGCAAGAAGCUCGAUGAGUCUAUUUACGACGUUGCCUUUCACCCAUCCAAAGCGUUCAUUGCCAGCGCCGGAGCGGAUGCCCUCGCCAAGGUCUUUGUGUGAACUCCCGUCAACCAGAAGCCGCCGGUGCGUCUGGGACACGUGGAAAGGGGGCGCUGGGUGUAAUUUAAAUAACACUUCAAACAUCACUGCCAUUCCCCCCAACCGACACUACAUGGCAGAGCUCUGUCUGCAGGACAGGAAUACCGCUUACUGAGCAGCAGGCACCCUCUUCCCCCAGAUCCUCAUUUUUGUAAGGCAGGGCUGUGAUUACUGUAAUUAAACUGUUUUUAGAUAUUU